AUGGUGCGCUAUGGCCCUGCCACGUUUGUGCUCUCGGCGGCCAUCGUCGCCGCGUACGAGUGCGACCCAAAGCUCGUCUCGAAGGCGCCGACGAACCGCUUGGAAGGCCAGGCGUGCGGUGGCUGGUGCGGCACGGCCGGCUCGUGCGCAGCGGGCCUGCACUGCGACAACGGACUCCUGCCACUGGCGUUCAUGCCCUUUGGCCUCAAGCUCGACACGGUGUGCCGCCGCGCUGCCCACGACGACGCGCUCUGGCACUCUAUCAAGCUGCCUUCCUGCAGCUCGGGCUGGCGUCUCAUGUCGCUCGCCAACGCCGACGACCUUGCCAAGGCCGCGUCUGUCGCCUCGAAUGCCAUUAUGGCCACCGCCGCGCUGCAGUUUGACCCGUGCGUGCGUAUACUCACGGCCAAAGCAUGCGACGACUCUCGCUAUGCGCUGCUCGUCCAGCGCAUCUACGAAGACGCUGGUGCGACCCAGUACUACUUGGUCGAGGACCGUGGCGACCGCCCGGCUCUGCCCACAGCCACGCCCGUGCACCUCCACACAACAGCUUAA